AUGACGGGGAAAAGAAUUAACGACGUCCGCCUCGAGGCUAUGCCUGCAAUAGAUGCUUUUCUUGAGCCGGACGAGAUGUCCCUUGAAGUGUUCGGCAGUGCCAUGAAGGCAGGCGAUUCGGCCGAAGUGGUCAUUCCGGACGAGGAGAUAAACUCGUCAUCACUUUUGGAUGAAGCUGUCUUGGAGGGCACCAGGAGAGUGUUGAACGCACAAAAUGGAUCGUCGAUUCUACGGAAUCCCUGGGAUCUGUACUAUGCUUUGGUAAAGGAGUUUCAAGACGUCAUCGCCAAAUACCCGCCUUCGGUCCUACCUCCGGACCGAGGUGUGCAUCUUAAGAUCGACCUGGUCCCGGGAACCAAAUACUGCGUAACACGCCAAUGGCCCCUUCCCAAGGAGCAGUGCGACGACAUUGACGCAUUUUUCCGUGCGAAGCACGACGCAGGAAUGUUGCGUAAGAGCAAGUCUUCCCAUUCGACACCCACGUUUUGUUUUCGGAAGCUGAACGGCAAGUGGCGCAUUUUUCAUGCUUACAACAAGUUCAACGCUGCCACCAUUCCGGCACAGACGCCGAUUUCUAGCAAGGAUGUUCUUCCCGACAACAUGGUGGGGUGUACAAAGUACAGUGCGCUCGACUUGGUCGACGGAUACUACCAAUUGCUCAUGAGAGCGAGUGAUAUUCUGCUAACAGCGGUGAGCAGUCCGAGCGGCAUGCUCUGA